AUGACUAGUCAGUUCAAAGAAGAUAUCCACGACCGGGGAGAAUGUAAGAGUAAAUCGCCCACUCUGCUCUCCUCCUAUUGUAUAGACAGUAUUCUGGGCCGACGGAGCCCCUGUAAAGUCAGGCUGAUAGGGGCGCAAAGUUUGACAGCUCUACCCGGGAGACAGGAGCACGACAAGCAGACCGAAGGCUCGACUAAAGAUCCCCUAUCACUAGACACAGACAUGCACCUUCCAUCAAAGAUGCGCCGGCUCUACGGACCAGGGGGGAAGUACCUGGACCACGGCCGGGGUUUAGUUCACGACCUAGGGGAGAAAUUGGACAAGGAGAGGCUCCUGGUGGACCAAGCCUGCGAGAGCCUCAAAAUCAUCCAGGCUCCACAGGUGAGCAUCAGCCGGAGCAAAUCGUACCGGGAGAACGCGUCCCUGAUCCGGGGAGAGGGAGGCCAGAGUCCCACUGAAGGGCCGGAAGAUGGGCCUGGACUAAGGCUGGGCGAGUUAGGGUCGAUGAAGUUUGACGAGGACGCGGGAAAAGAGGAGGAGAGCUGCGGGGAGGCGAUGGGUCUCUCCCCGAAGGACGACGAGAGGGAGAGCCUCCACGCCGGGGAUGGAGACGUGAGGGACGGCGAGGACAGCGUGUGUCUGUCCGCAGGCAGUGAUUCGGAGGAAGGAAUGCUAAAACGCAAGCAAAGAAGAUACAGGACUACAUUCACCAGCUAUCAGCUGGAGGAGCUGGAGAGGGCUUUCCAGAAGACACACUACCCCGAUGUUUUCACCAGAGAAGAGCUUGCGAUGCGGCUGGAUCUGACCGAGGCGCGCGUCCAAGUAUGGUUUCAGAAUCGUCGUGCUAAGUGGCGUAAGCGUGAAAAGGCAGGUGUCCAGACACACCCCUCUGGACUCCCUUUCCCUGGCCCCCUGUCAGCCGCCCACCCCCUCAGCCACUACCUGGAUGGGGGUCCCUUUCCCCCACACCCUCACCCUGUUCUAGAGUCUGCCUGGACAGCUGCUGCUGCCGCAGCCGCUGCAUUUCCUGGUCUGGCUCAUCCCCAUAGCAACCACUCAGGCCAGCAACUAGGGACACCGCUGGGCCUCGGAACAUUCCUGGGUACAGCCGCUAUGUUCCGUCACCCCGCCUUCAUGGGACCCACCUUCGGCAGGCUCUUCUCCAGUAUGGGCCCUCUGACCAGUGCUUCCACCGCCGCCGCACUCCUCCGCCAGCCUGCCCCGCCUGUCGAGACUCCCUCCAUCCCUCCGCCAGUCCUCUCCGAACCUUCCUCCUCCUCUCCCUCCUCCUUAGCUGCAGCGGAUCGCAGGGCCUCCAGUAUUGCAGCUCUGAGGCUGAAGGCUAAAGAGCACUCUGCUCAGAUCACCCAGCUCAACAUCCUGCCAAGCGGAGCUCCAGGGAAGGAGGUGUGCUGA